UUUUGAUAAGUUACAUCCCCUAUCAAGCGUUCCUUCGGCGCUGGCUAAAGCUCGAAUAUUCUUGACGUUUCUGCCGUUGAUCAGAAAUGGUGAAGGACCUCAGGUCUGUUGCUAUAAUCGGAGCCGGCGCAUCAGGGACGGCAGCCGCAGCCGCAUUCAAAGCUGAACAGUACUUUAAAAAGAUCACAGUCUUUGAGAGGAGGGGAACUCCUGGCGGAACAUGGUUAUACGACGCAGCUCCUUCCACGCCGCCACCUAUCCAGCCUGGAGCUCUGCCCCCGAAAGUUGACCUUCCACUGGAGAUACCCGACAAGCUGCCUCAGACAGUGCCAAAUAACGAGCAAGAGCGUUUUCAAUCCACUCCAAUAUAUGAUUCCUUGACAACGACCGUUCCAGAGAUAGCCAUGUCCUUCUCGGACAAGAGAUUCCCUUAUGGCCCUUUUGUAUCUCACGAGACCCCCCGGGAAUAUCUUAGGAACUACUAUUUACUUCACGGAAUGGAAGAUCUUCUGGUACUCAACACUACCGUUGAGGAUCUAAGCAAGAUAUCAACAGAGAGUGGACGAGACCGUUGGAGGUUGACCUUGCGCAAGCAUAAUAUGGAUCAGGACGUCGAUGAGUGGUGGCAGGAGGUCUUCGACGCUGUUAUAAUUGCUAAUGGUCAAUUUUCUGUUCCCUAUGUCCCCGAGGUCAAAGGACUAAGCCAAUACAUCGCGAAAUAUCCACGCCGCGUCAUGCACUCCAAGUACUAUCGCCAGCCUCAUCCUUUCAAUGACAAGAAGAUACUCAUCGUUGGCAAUGCUCUAUCUGGCCGAGAUAUAGCCAACGAACUCCUCAAAGUUGCUCGACUACCAGUAUAUGUCUCAAGGCGACAUAAGUCCAUCUGGGAGGGACCAGAGCCUAAACCAGGCAUUGAGUGGAGACCUGUUAUUAAAGGAUAUGUGGCUGAGAGAGGUCACAUCAUGUUCGAAGACGAUUCAUAUCUCGAAGAUGUUGAUCAGGUUAUCUACUGCACUGGUUACAAGCCCUCGUUUCCGUUCUGGAAUAUUCAGGCCAACGGAGGACACCUGUAUAACUACGACAAAGAGAAGCUUAACGGAAGCUUCUUGCAUACGUUAUUUCGGGAUCAUCCUACACUUGGUAUCAUAGGCUUUGGACAAACACUUGCGUUUCGCAGCUACGAGUAUCAAGCUAUUGCGCUAGCACGAGUGUUUUCUGGUAGGAAUGCUUUGCCACUUCCAACGACUCUAGAGCAGGAAGACUGGGAACGGUCAUGGGAAGAGCAUACCAAAGAGCAGGGGAUCGAAUUUCAUACCGUCAGCUUUGAGAAUGGUGAUCUGCUUCGGUGGUAUGAUGAGCUAUCGAACAUCGCUGGGCUGCCCAUUUGUGGAAAGGGGAGAGUUCCACCUGCGUUCACAGAUGAGGCCAUGCGGCAUUUAGAAAAUAUAUUAGAUCCUGCAAGUCCACAUGAAUAAAU